UGGUAAUGAAGACAUCCACGAUGACAAAUCACACACCACCACUGCCGUUGAUUCUUUUUUUAUGUACACUUUCUGUCAACUCAUCAUUCCAGCCCGCCCUGGUGUUAGAAAUGGCCAAGAUUCUUUUGGAAAACUACUGCUUUCCUGAGAACCUAGUUGGGAUGGAGAAAGCUAUCCAACAAGCGAUCAACAGUGGAGAAAUCCUGCAGAUUUCAGAUAGGAAGACCCUGGCCUCUGUGCUCACAAACGGAGUACAAGGGGCACUGAAUGAUCCUAGGUUGACUGUGUCAUAUGAGCCCAAUUUCAUCCCGGGGAUGCCACAGAUGCUGCCCUCUCUGCCCAUAGAGCAACUGAUCUGGCUGGUAAGAAACUCUGUCAAGCUGGACAUCCUGGACAACAACAUUGGAUAUUUGCGGAUGGAUCGGAUCAUUGGGGAGGAGACAGCUACAAAGCUUGGCUCCCUGCUGAGGGACAACAUCUGGGACAAAGUUGCUCACACAUCCUCACUGAUCUUGGACCUGAGGUAUAGCACAGAUGGAGAAUUGUCUGGAGUUCCCUUUAUAAUCUCCUAUUUCUCAGACCCUGAGCCUCUCGUUCAUAUUGACACUGUGUAUGACAGGCCCUUAAAUACAACUAUUGAGCUGUGGACCAUGCCCUCAAUAAUGGGGGAAAGGUAUGGAAAGAAGAAAGACUUGAUUAUUUUGACCAGUAAGCGUACCAUGGGGGCUGCUGAGGCAGUGGCAUAUACAUUAAAAAGCCUAAAGAGGGCCAUUACAGUUGGGGAAAGGUCUGCUGGUGGGUCAGUAAAAGUCCAAAAGAUUAGGAUCCUUCAUUCGGAUUUCUACAUAACAGUUCCUGUGGCGAGAUCAGUUAAUCCAAUCAUAGGCCAUAGCUGGGAAGUGAGUGGUGUUUCCCCAACAGUCAACGUCCUUGCCAAGGAAGCUGUCGCAAAAGCCAAGUCCCUUCUGGCUGUAAGGAGUGCCAUUCCAAAAGUGGUGCAGAGUAUCGCUGAUGUGAUCAGGAGGUUCUAUGUUUUCACUGACAUAUCUGAGGAGGACCUAGCAGUCAGACUUAACCAGGACCUCCAGUCUGUGUCUGAAGAUCCACGACUGAUAAUCAAAUACAUGCAAGGUAUUGCUGCCAUACUAGAGGAGGACCCUGAGCUUGAAAACAUUCCAGAUGAUUUGGAAUCAUUGAAAAAACUUGUAGAUACGAUUAAAGUGGAAAUUCUCCUAAACAAUACUGGCUAUCUCCACAUAGGCAAGUUUUUCAAGUCAUAUGCAGGGGCUAAAUUAGAAGAGCUCAUGGCUAAAAAGAUAUGGGAGCCCCUCAAAGAGACUAAUAACCUGAUUAUUGAUCUACGCUAUAACACUGGUGGAUCCUCUACCUCUCGAGCCCUCAUACUGUCCUAUCUGCAGGACACUUCCCAGAAGCAUCAUUUUUUCACAAUAUAUGACCAAAUUCAGAACAUGACAACCAAAUAUGACUCUCUGCCUCAAAUUGCUGGCCCGACCUAUGGUUCCAAACGUGGAGUUUACGUGUUGACAAGCUACGACACAGCAAGCACCGGCGAAGAGUUUGCUUACCUGAUACAGUCACUUCAUCGGGGCACAGUCAUUGGGGAAAUUACAUCUGGUACCCUGAUGCACUCAAAGUCGUUCCAAAUAGAGGGAAUGGCUAUUGCAAUCACUGUCCCUUUCAUCAACUUUGUAGACAACAAUGGUGAAUGCUGGCUGGGAGGUGGUGUGGUCCCCGAUGCUAUUGCUCUAGCCGAGGAAGCUGUGGAGCAUGUUUAUGAGAUUGCAGAUUUUCACCAAGGGCUCAAGUUCCUCAUAGAGGGAACUGGGGAACUGUUUGAAAAACACUACACAAUUCAUGAAGUUGCAAAAAUGGCCAGCAAGGUACUUUUGACCAAAUGGGCUGAAGGAAUAUACCGGGCAAUUGUUGACUUUGAAUCUUUGGCAUUUCAGUUAACGGCAGACCUCCAAGAGACUUCAGGAGAUCACCGCCUCCACGUCUUCCAUUGCGAUGUUGAGCCAGAGUUGCUUCACGACACCCCAAAAAUCCCUACCACGGAAGAAGUGGGAUACAUUAUUGACGCUUUGUUUAAAAUUGAGCUUCUGCCAGGUAAUGUUGGGUAUGUAAGGUUUAACAUGAUGGCAGAUGUGGAGGUGGUAAAAGCCAUUGGACCACAACUGAUAAAAUUAGUGUGGAGCAAGAUAGUAAACACAGAUGCCCUUAUAAUUGACAUGAGGUACAACACUGGUGGAUAUUCAACAGCAAUUCCCCUAAUAUGCACCUACUUCUUUGAUGCUCAACCAUUGCGGCAUCUUUACACUGUCAUUGACAGCAACAAAUCCACCAUUACAAAAGUCAUGACAUUGCCUCAAGUCAGAGGUCCAAGGUACGGGUCCUCCAAGGAUGUCUACAUCCUCACCAGUCAGAUGACAGGGUCAGCAGCCGAAGUGUUCACCCACUCUAUGAAGGACUUAAAUAGAGCCACAAUCAUUGGAGAGCCAACAAUCGGAGGAUCUCUAUCGAGUGGAACCUAUCAGAUCAGGGACAGCGUCCUGUACGCUUCAAUUCCUAACCAGCUUGUGUUGAGUGCAGUCACUGGGAAAGAGUGGAGCAUUUCAGGGGUUGAGCCUCAUGUUACUGCCUCGACAAAUUACGCUCUUACUGUCGCACAGAGACUCAUAGCAGCAAGUCACUUGAUGAGAGCGCAAGGAAAAUACCUCAAUACACAACACCUCCUUGUUACUACACAUUCAUGUCUAGGUUAUUAUUGUCUUACCGAAGCACUUAGGAUAAUACGAUUUGAGGUUUAUUAUGGGGUAAAUCCUCUUAUGUGUGUGUUAACAGAAACCUUGCAGCCAAAACAGUGCCAUUUGACGAAGAACCUCCUCGGCUCAACAACCUCCACUUCCCAUCUACUCACUUUUUGUCCGACUAAACUGACCAAAAUGGCAAAGGCUAUCGUCCUGAUAGCACCUCUGCUAGUUUUGGGGAAUGUUUUCUUUAUCCAUGCCUCGUUUGCUCCUGGACUCAUCGUAGAUAUGGCAAAAAUUGUCAUGGACAAUUACUGCUCACCAGAGAAGCUGGUGGGUAUGAAAGAGGCAAUUGAAGCCGCCAGCAGCAACACAGAGAUUCUCAACAUCCCAGACGCUGAAACAUUGGCUAAUAUCCUCAGUGCUGGAUUCCAGACCACAGUCAGUGACCCACGAUUGAUGGUCUCCUAUGAGCCAAACUACGUCCCUGUGGUUCCCCCGAAGAUGCCACCCUUGCCCCCUGAUCAGCUCAUUUCCGUCCUCCAGACCUCGAUCAAGCUCGACAUUCUUGAGGGAAACAUUGGCUACCUGAGGAUCGAUCACAUCCUUGGGGAGGAGGUUGCUGACAAGGUUGGCCAUGUGCUUCUAGACCUGGUCUGGAAUAAAAUCCUGCCAACCUCAGGUCUCAUCUUUGACUUGCGCUACACCAGCAGUGGGGACAUUACAGGAGUUUCCUACAUCGUGUCUUACUUCACCGCAGCCGAGCCUACGAUUCACAUUGACAGCAUCUACGACCGUCCCUCAAACACUACCACUAAGGUGCUUUCUAUGUCAACACUUCUGGGGGACAGAUAUGACAUUACCAAACCCCUCAUUAUCCUCACCAGCAAAAACACCAAGGGCAUUGCAGAGGAUGUUGCCUACUGCCUCCAGAACCUGAAGAGAGCCACCAUUGUGGGCGAGAAGACCGCUGGGGGCUCUAUGAAGGUCGAUAAAAUCAGAGUGGCCGACAGUGACUUCUACAUUUCGGUGCCAACCGCAAAGUCCGUGAACCCCAUCACCCACUCCUCCUGGGAGGUAAAAGGCGUGACCCCUGAUGUGGAGGUAAACGCUGAGGAUGCCCUCGCUACCGCCAUCAAGAUUGUCAACCUCCGUGCCCAAGUUCAUGCCAUAAUCGAGGGAUCAGCAACCCUGAUUGCAGACAACUACGCUUUUGAAGAUAUUGGUGCUAAUGUUGCAGAAAAGUUAAAAGGGCUCCUGGCAAACGGCGAGUACAGCACGGUUGUCUCCAAAGAGAGUCUGGAGGUUAAGUUGUCCGCUGAUCUGAAGACCCUGUCUGGAGACAAGAGCCUGAAGACCACCCACAACACCCCAGCACUGCCACCCAUGGAUUAUUCUCCAGAGAUGUACAUUGAGCUGAUCAAAGUCUCCUUCCACACUGACAUAUUUGAGAACAACAUCGGCUACCUGCGCUUUGACAUGUUCGGAGACUUUGAGGAGGUCAAAGCCAUUGCUCAGAUUAUUGUUGAGCACGUCUGGAACAAAGUUGUCAACACUGACGCUAUGAUUGUUGACCUCAGAAACAACCUUGGUGGCCCUACAACAGCCAUUGCAGGCUUCUGCUCGUAUUUCUUUGAUGGGGACAAGCAGAUUGUGCUUGACAAGCUUUACAACAGACCCUCCGGAACCAUCACAGAGCUGCACACCCUGCCUGAACUCACUGGCACAAGGUACGGCUCCAAGAAGAGCUUGAUCAUCCUGACCAGCGGAGCAACUGCCGGCGCCGCAGAGGAGUUUGUUUACAUAAUGAAGAAGCUUGGCCGUGCUAUGAUCAUCGGAGAGACAACCGCCGGGGCCUCCCACCCACCAGAGACCUUCCGUGUUGGUGAGACCGACAUCUUCCUCAGCAUCCCCACCAUUCACUCUGAUACCACUGCCGGGCCAGCCUGGGAGGGAGCUGGCAUUGCACCUCACAUACCCGUUCCAGCUGACGCCGCCCUCGAGACAGCCAAGGGCAUCUUCAACAAGCACUUUGCAGGCCAGAAAACUACAUCCUGAACAAAGCCAGGGGGGGGGUUAACAUGUCACUUUUGCUUUGGCAGCCAAAUAGUUUCAAGAUUUAGAAUUAAGACUUGUUUAAGAAAUGAAGUGUAAGUACUAGUAAGAAGCUUGAGGACAUAUUGUAAUCUCGUAUUCAUUAUCUAAAAACCUUUCUAGCCUGUUUGUAAUGUUCAACAGUAGGAUUACUCUAGAUGCUGAAGGUUUUGAGAAUGAAUGGUGCUGAGAAGUUGAUUAUUUUAAGGCAUGGGUGUGAAUUCUUUUGUGUCAAAGAUCAGUUUAAACAUCAAAACAACUUUACUUUAAAUUAGAUUUUUGAAGUAAAAUGCAGAAGAGA